AUGGGAUUUGGGCAGGUACCUAGAUCCCGCCCAACCCUAGCUUAUGUAGUAGAUGAGGCUGUAGAUUUUGAAUUAGCUGAUAAGUUGAUUAGUUGCGUGUUACUGCCAAGGUCUUUUACCUCUCAACCUAUGGCCGAUCAAGGCGAAAUUCCAGUAAACCCCACAGAACCCACCGCAAUCGUCGCCGUCUCCGGCACCGAAUCCGUAACACAGCUUGAUGUCUCCGGAAAGCGCCGCCGUGAAGAUGGGGAGUGCGAAGAGCCAGGUUCGAAACGGAGAGCUAAAGCACAGGAUGUGUUGUUUCGAAUAGUGGUGCCUUCAAGGCAGAUCGGAAAGGUCAUUGGCAAAGAAGGACAUAGAAUCCAGAAGAUUCGAGAAGAAACCAAGGCCACUAUAAAAAUCGCUGAUGCUAUUGCACGACAUGAAGAGCGAGUGAUUAUUAUAAGUUCUAAAGAUAGUGAUAACGUGGUUUCUGAUGCUGAAAAUGCGCUCCAACAAAUAGCCACUUUGAUUCUAAAGGAAGAUGAUAGCAAUGCAGAGGCUUCAAAAGUAACUGCAGGGCAUGUGGCUGCUAACACUAUAAGACUUUUGAUUGCUGGGUCACAAGCGGGUUGUCUAAUUGGGAUGUCUGGUCAAAACAUUGAGAAAUUGAGGAAUUCUUCAGGUGCCACAAUUGUGAUUCUUGCACCAAAUCAAUUACCUUUAUGUGCAUCUGCUCAUGAAUCUGAUCGAGUUGUACAGAUAUCAGGUGAUAUUCCUGCAGUGUUAAAGGCAUUGGUAGAGAUUGGUUAUCAGCUCAGGGAAAACCCACCCCGACAAGUGAUAUCCAUCAGCCCAACAUACAAUUAUGGUGCAGUAAGACCAGCACAACCAUUUGUGGAUCCUACUUCAGCUGAUUAUGUAACAUUCGAGAUGAUGAUUUCGGAAACAUUGGUCGGUGGGUUGAUUGGAAGGUGUGGCACCAACAUAUCGAGGAUCAGAAAUGAAUCUGGAGCAAUGAUUAAGGUAUAUGGUGGAAAAGGUGAACAGAAACACAGGCAUAUUCAAUUUGGUGGUAGUGCUCAACAGGUAGCAUUGGCAAAGCAGAGAGUUGAUGAAUACAUAUAUUCCCAGUUGAUACAAGAAGCUGGUGCUCAACAGUCGGUUUUGCAGGGAUGAUGAAGCUUCUUGCUCUCAACUGUUCUUUUUGUCCCAUGUAUUUUUAAGGAUUUAUGAUACCAAGAAGAUGUGCCAUAUAGAUAGGUGGUGUAUGCCCCAUGUUAUGGCAAUUGAUAGUACUAAAUUUCGGGACACUCGACACUUUUCUCUUUCAUUGUAGAGGCAGUCUGUUGUAUCGAUUUGUGUUAAAUGAUAGGCAAAGAUGUUUUAUGUUUCA